CUACCAAACAAAACGAAUUUAGACUGGAAAAUGCCCCAUCACAAAGUAAAAGUUUUGCUGAUAGGCCCAGUUAAUAGCGGCAAAAGCAGGUUUGCAAACUUCCUCUGCGACCUGGAUGCUUCCCUGCCCGAAGACAUCAGACCGACGCAGGGAUUACGAAUACUCGAGUACGAAAUAGCGGACGUGGAAAUCGGGGGGCAUAAAUGCGAGGUCGACGUACAACUUUGGGACGCCAGCGGUGACGAAAUGUACUCCUCAUACUGGCCGGUGUUUAGAAAAAAUACGGACGGCGUCGUAUUUGUGUAUUCGCAAGAGGACGAUUACGGCGUUCGGAAAUUGGAUUUGAUGUACAAUUAUUUCGUAACCCAGCCGAAUCUGAGCCCGCGCGCGUGUUUGGCUUGCGCCAUGCAAUCCGACGAGGUUUUUGCGAAAUUAUCUUCGACGUUUUCAAAGGUUUCCAAAAUCGUCGUGAAUUUGGACGCGCAAGGCGAAAAGGUCAAGCAAGACUUCACCAAGUACGUUACAUCAGUCGUAAACACGAUGACAAACAAAUGAGCGCUGUAAGGAGAGUGAAACAAAUCUAUUUGUAUUUUUCCAGUUUCACAACUUAGCCAAAAUUAAUUGUUACACAUAAGUACAAUAUUACAAAAUAUAAACUAAACUGAA